AUGGUGAUAUGGAAGGGCAAUGUAAAAAAUAAAAUAUUGUUUUUAAUUUUUGUAGCUUAUUUUUUUGUUUUUGUUAAGAUAAGCAAUGGUCAGUUGAUUAAAUUGGAUGGUCAGAAAAUUAACACGAAUUAUAUUCUUUAUGUUUUGAAAGGUUUAUAUAUAUUUGGAGAGAAUGAAAGUCCCUAUGUUUUAUUAGGAAAAAAAAAGGAUAUGGAUUUUAAGGCAGCUCAUGCGAUUUUUGAAAAUGUGGGUAUAAGUACGACAGAUAAUAAGAACACGAAAUAUUUUUCUUUUGAGAUGGGCGAGACUACAAGUGAUAAUAAUAAUAAUAAUAAUGAGAAUAAUAAUGAAAAUAGUAAUAAUUAUAAUAAUAAUAAGGAUAAUAACGACGGUCAUAAUAAUAAGUAUGACCAUAAUAAUAAUUUUGACCAUAAUAAUAAUUAUGACCAUAAUAAUAAUUUUGACCAUAAUAAUAAUUAUGACCAUAAUAAUAAUUUUGACCAUAAUAAUAAUUUUGACCAUAAUAAUGACAGUACACAAGAGAAUACGAACCUGCCACAAAAUAGUUACAACAAUCAUAGUAAUAACCGGAAUAGUUCAAGUGAAAAACAUAACGAUGACGAUGAAGAUAAGGAUAAAUUCAAAAUAAAUUUAUACAAAGAUAAUCCUUAUCUACGUAAAAAAAAAGAAUAUAGAUACUCUGAAGACGUAGAUUCUUUUGUUACGCCUGAAUUAUUUUUAGAAUUAAUCAUAAUGAAAGAAAAAGAUUUUAAUAAACAUUAUUUACCAAAAGAUCAUGACAUUUGUUGUUAUAUGCAAGAAGAAGGAAUAGACGGAUAUGAAAAAUAUACAUGUCCUGGCAAAGGGUACUUGAAAAGAUAUGUGGAUGAAGAGCAUAUGUAUUCGUUAAAAUUACCUGUAUAUUUUAUAAAUGAUAGAAUAAAAGAUGAUACAAAUAAUAAUAAUAAUAAUAAUAAUAAUAAUAGUAGUAGUAGUAAUAAUAGUAAUAGUAGUAGUAGUAGUUAUUUUAAUAAUAUGUAUAAUUUGAAUAAUGGUAAUGAGAUGAAUCAUGAAAGUUUAAUAAAUCAUCUUAAAAAUAAAUUUGUUUAUAAUAUUAAAGAUACAGAUGUUUAUGCUUUAUUUUUAUCAAAUUGUUUAGAUAGUAAAAAAUAUGAACUACAUUUACAUGGGAAUAUCCAUAUCUUAAAUGAUUAUGGUUAUUUACCAGGAGAUAAAGUAUCAAAAUUAAAUUUAUAUGUAUUAAGUAUGAUAAUUUAUUGUAUUUAUUUAUUUAUAUGGUCCUAUUUAUUAAUUAGAAACAAAAAUUAUGUUAUAAAAAUACAGAUUUGGAUUUUAGUAUGUGUAUUUUUAUAUUUAAUAGAAAAUAUUUUUUUAUUUUUAUAUUUCUUAUCAUAUAAUUUAUAUGCCAAAGUUAAUAAUGAAUUAUUAUUUAUAUCAGUUUGUUCUAGUAUCUUAAAAAAUGUUUGUUCAUAUCUUCUUAUAUUAUUAGGAUCAUUAGGAUGGGGUAUUGUUAUUCCUACAUUAGAUAGAAAGACAUUUAUUAAAAUAAAAAUACUUUUUUUCUUUUUUAUUAUUUUUGAUUUUAUUAAACAAUUUGUAGAUAUGCAUUUAACAGAUACACAAAUUAAUACUGGAUAUUUUUUUUUCUGUAUAAUACCUGUUACAAUUAUUUAUUCUAUUAUAUAUAUAUGGGUUUUUACUUCAGCUAGCAAAAUCAUUAUACAAUUAAAUGAGGAUAAACAAUAUGAGAAAUUGAACAUGUUCAAAAAUUUUUUUAAUGUAUUAAUAUUUACAUUAUUAUUUUCGGUUAUAGCAUUUAUAAUAGACAUAGUAGUAAUGUUAUAUGUAGAUAAUAGUAUAUGGAAUUUAAAAAAUUAUUUAAGUGAAGGAAUUAUUAGUUGUUUAUUCUUAAUUAUAUUAACAGCCAUGUUUAUUUUAUUUAAACCUUCUGAUAGGCUUAAGAGAAUAUCUCAUUUUACAGAAAUUGGAGAUAUGGAUGAAAUGGAAGAUUUUUCAAGUUUCAAAAAUUCAAUUGAAGAUAUAUCAUAA